GUCAUUCAGAAUCAUCCAAAUAAAAAAUCUGUAAUGAAAUUUGAAGUUGAUUAUUUCUCUCACGCCCAAAAAGGAUCAUUUAAUGACUACUUCGGUGUUAAGAUAAAGUAGUAUUAUCUGCUCAUCUUUGAUAUUAAAUCACUAAAUCCAGAGAUUCAAAUGUGGGUUGAAUUUGGUCUUCACCGGGAAGUAAUUAGUAAUCGGUUUGUGGUUGGAGCGAUGUGAAAGGCUGGUGCUGUGUGUAAUUGUAAAUGGGGCCAAAUAUCUGUUUGUUGAAAAUUAAUUACGUUCAUUAUUCUGCUAUCAAUGCGUGUCGUGUUACCGUAUCGAGUGUCGCCACCUCCCACAAAUUUAAACUGCGUGAAAACUUUUAGUUUGGUGGGCAUUGAAAACCAAAGAGCGACGAUGUUUGCAGAAGCAAUGGCGACGAUGGUGACAGCCUCAAUCCUGCUAUUUGGAGAGGCAGCGCCGAGAUCCGAGACGGUGAAGCUGACGUGCGGGAAGCACGCGGAGCACAACGCCACUCUCUACGUGCCCAACUUCGUGGCCACCAUGGAGAACAUAAGCGCGCAGAUGCGCUCCUCAGGCUUCGGCCAAGCCAUCACCGGAUCCGGACCCGACACCAACUACGGCCUCGCCCAGUGCUACGGCGAUCUCUCCUUACUCGACUGCGUCCUCUGCUACGCCGAAGCGCGCACGCUUCUUCCCCAGUGCUUCCCCGCCAACGGCGGCAGGAUCUUCCUCGACGGCUGCUUCAUGCGCGCCGAGAACUACCCAUUCUUCCACGAGCACGCCGCCCCCGACGACCGCGCUGUCUGCGGGAACACAACGCGCAAGGAUCCCGCCUUUCGGGCUGCUGCCAGGCAGGCUGUGUCGGAGGCCGUUUCGGCAGCUGCCAAUGGCGAUGGCUAUGGCCGGGCGGCGCGUGAUCAGUCGGCUUAUGUUCUGGCCAACUGCUGGAGGACUCUUGAUGCCGGAUCUUGCAGAGCUUGUCUUGAGAAUGCUUCUCGUUCUGUGUUGGGCUGCUUGCCCUCCUCCGAUGGCAGGGCGUUGAACACCGGCUGCUUCCUGAGGUAUUCACACACUGAUUUCCUCAAUCCGCUUCCUCCAAAUGGGAGCCAAAGAGGGGUAGUGAUAGUUAUUGUUAUUGCAACGGUUAGUGCAGCUGUUGUUGUCGCCAUAGGAGCUCUUAUUGGGGUUUAUAUUUGGAAGCUGAGGAAGAUUCAAAAGAAGAGAAGAGGUUGUAGUGAAGCAGAGAAGUAUGUGAAAAGCCUGAACGAUAGCAGCUUGAACUUCAAAUAUUCAACUCUGGAGAAAGCCACUGGCAAUUUCGAUGAGGCCAACAAGCUUGGCGAAGGCGGUUUUGGCACUGUGUACAAGGGAGUUUUGCGAGACGGGAGGGAGAUUGCGGUGAAGAGGCUAUUCUUCAACAACAAACACAGAGCAGCAAAUUUCUACAACGAAGUGAAGAUGAUCAGCAGCGUAGAGCACAAGAAUCUAGUGAGGUUGUUGGGGUGCAGCUGCUCGGGACCCGAAAGCCUGCUCGUAUACGAGUACUUGCCAAACAAGAGCCUCGACCGCUUCAUCUUUGAUUCGAGCAGAGGCAAAGCCCUGAGGUGGGAGAAGAGAGUGCAGAUCAUUGUAGGAACAGCCGAGGGGUUGGUUUAUCUCCACGAGAACAGCAACGCGCGCAUCAUUCACCGAGACAUCAAGGCCAGUAACAUUCUCCUCGACUCCAGACUCCGCGCUAAAAUUGCAGAUUUCGGAUUGGCUAGGUCCUUUCAAGAGGAUAUGACUCAUAUCAGCACGGCCAUAGCAGGAACUCUCGGAUACAUGGCGCCGGAGUAUUUAGCCCACGGGCAGCUCACAGAAAAGGCAGAUGUGUAUAGCUUCGGUGUGCUUCUUCUGGAAAUUGUGACGGGCAAGCAGAAUAACAGAAGCAAACACACAGACUACUCUGAUAGCUUGGUUAAUAUUGCAUGGAAGCAUUUCCAGGAAAGGAGAGUGGAAGAGCUGAUGGACACAAACCUAAUGUUGAGUAGCAGCAGAAGAGAUGAGGUAGUGAGGGUGGUUCACAUAGGUCUAUUGUGCACUCAAGAAAUAGCUUCGCUAAGGCCGUCGAUGUCGAGAGCACUGCAGAUGCUGGUGAAUGAAGAAGAAGAGCUGGCAGCACCAACCAGCCCCCCAUUCUUGGAUGACACCACAAUGGAACUCACUCAUUAUGGGAAUGCUAAUUCAGUUGCAACCAUUUCUCACACCAUAUUUUAUCCCAGGUGACAUGGAUUCCGGAUUUUCAUUGCACUGCAUAUUUUUCUCUUUACACCAUUUUUGUCUGCUCAUCAAUCUUAUUGCUUGCUUUCGUUUUUUGGUUAUAUUCUAAUAACACCAACAAAAAAUACCUUGUGUAAACAGUAUAGAAUUUUUUUUUAAAUGAACUCCUUGUGUAUUCCGGAUCUUUUCCUGUUCAACAAAAAUAAAAUGAACUAAAAAAGUUUCACUGUUGUAAAUGUAAGAGAGGAUUCAGAAAUGAAUCAAUGUUUGUUUUUUGUAGAAA